AUGGUCAUCAUCGGCUACCGAUUCUUAGUAUCGGCAGGAUUCCUCGACAUUUUGAUGUUGUUCAACUAUGGAAUUUGGCCAGGAGUGACUAUUGUUUUAAAAUCAGAGAUAGUUCCUAAAGAGUGGAGACACUGGUUGCAGCUCUAUUUGGACUGGGCGUGGUUCGCGAUGGUAUGGCACAUAACCCUCGUCGCCUGGUCUAGAUGGUCAGCGAUUCGAUCACCAUAUUCAUACAAAUAUCAGCGAAGGCUACACUCUUAUGCAAUAUGCGGAUGUUUCUGUCUCGUCUCAUUAGCGGAGGCACGAAAAAAACUGCUAACGGCAGAACGACAUAUGGUGCUGGCAACACACUUUCAGUCGUGGUACGUAACCUUUUACUAUGAACCAUCGUCGUACGGAAUGUUGGCUGAGGACAUUUCACGAUACUUAUUUGAUGGACAAUCGACUGUGUUCCUCAUCAACAACAUGAUUGCCAUUAUUCUUAGCAUAAUAUUCUAUACGUUAGUUUGA